AUGACUCAGGAUGGGGAGCCACUUUGCACUCAGAGUCCAAGCCUAGUGGCAACCUCCCAUGAAAAUCAAACACAUCAAUGUUAUGUGACAGCAGUUUUUAGCUCUACAGACCUUCAUACCCCUACUGCUACCAGGUCCUCUUCUGAUAGUGACAGACAGUAUCAGUGUAAUGUGGUACAGCAACAAACAAGGAGUAGCAAAUUGCUUCAAGAAUUGCGUCAAGAAGGAGCGUGCUGUUUGGGCUUGCUUUGUGCAUCCCUGAGCUAUGAGGCUGAGAAGAUAUUUAAAUGGAUUUUCAGCAAAUUCAGUUCUUCAACUAAAGAUGAAGUAAAACUACUUUAUUUGUGUGCUUCUUAUAAGGCAUUAGAAGCUGUUGGAGAGAAGAAAUCAUUUUCGUCUGUAAUGCAGGAUGGCUACAGAGCUUGGAAGCAUUUUGGGUGGCAGAUCUUGCUUUUUCCACAACUCUUCUGGGGCAAUUUUUAGAAGACAUGGAAGCAUAUGCUGAAGACCUUAGCCAUGUUGCUUCAGGUGAGUCUGUGGAUGAUGAUAUUCCACCUCCGUCAGUAUCAUUACCAAAGUUAGCAGCGCUUUUGCGAGUUUUCAGCACAGUGGUUAGGAGCAUUGGAGAGCGCUUCAGUCCAGUCAGAGGACCCCCUAUUACGGAAGCCUAUGUAACAGAUGUUCUUUUGAGGGUGGUGACCUGUGUGACUACUGCAAAACAGGUGUUCUUUUCAGAAGUAGUGUUAACAGCUGCCAAUGAGUGCGUGUGUGUUCUACUGGGCAGCAUGGAUGCAAGUAUAGCUAUCCACUGUGAAAUGAUCAUUUCAUAUGGGUUAGAUCAACUAGAUGGCUGUCAGAAUUGUGGUGCAGACUACAUUAUCUCUGUCUUGAAUUUAUUAACACUGAUUGUUGAACAGUUAAGUACCAAAUUGCCCGCAGCAUUUGUGGAAAAGCUAUUUUUACCAGAUUCAAAAUUGCUUUCAGUACGUUUCCACAGGGAAAAGGAGGUUGUUGCAGCAGCCCAUGCCGUGUACCAGGCUGUUCUGAGUUUGAAGAACAUACCUGUCUUGGAGACUGCCUAUAGAUUGAUUCUUGGAGAAAUGACUUGUGCUGUAAACAGCCUGCUUUUAUGCUUGCAACUUCCAGAAGCAUGCCCAGAAAUUCAGCAUGAUGCUUUUAAGAGUCUUACUUUCAGAGUAGAGAAUGCAGAGUUCAUAAUUGUGUUUGAUUUAAGUGCCCUUACUACAGUUGGGAAUGCGAAGAACUCUCUAAUUGGGAUGUGGGCCUUGUCACCAACUGUAUUUGCUCUGCUGAGUAAGAACCUGACUGUUGUCCAUAGUGAUCUGGCAGUUCAUCACCCCACUGUGCAGUAUGCAGUUCUUUACACACUGUAUUCCCACUGUACAAGGCAUGAUCAUUUCAUAUCAAGUAGUCUAAGCUCAUCCUCGCCCUCCUUGUUUGACGUUGCUGUAAUAAGCACUGUAACAACAGCUACAAAGAAGCAUUUCUCCAUCAUAUUGGAUGUUUUGGGCACUUUGCUUAGUAAAGACAACCUGAGUCAAGAUGCAAGGAAGCUGUUGAUUGCAUGGGCUUUAGAAGUAGCCCAUUUAAUGAAGAAAUCUGAAACUUACAUGCCGUUGUUUGCACUCCCAUCUUUUAACAAGUUUUGUAAAGGGCUGCUUUUAAAUGCACUACUUGAUGAUGCAUCUAUUUGCCUCCAAGCUUGUUGCAGCUUACAAGUCUUGUCUUCAUCACUGCCUGAUGAUCUUUUGCAAAGAUGUGCCGAUGUCUGCCGUGUUCAGCUAGUACACUGUACUGUUCGUGUUCGGCAAGCAUUUGGAAAACUGCUCAAGUCCAUUCAACUUGAUGUGGUGUUGAGUAACAGUAACCAUACAGAAGUAAAAGAAAUUUCUCUGGCUGUUCGAGGCCACAUGAGUAAGUCUCCAAGCAACACUUUCCAUCCACAAGACUUCUCUGAUCUUGUCAGCUUUAUUCUGUAUGGAACAUUGCACAGGACAGGAAAAGAUCACUGGUUGGAGAGACUUUUUUACAGCUGUCAGAGACUUGACAAACCAGAACAGUCGCUCAUUCCUUGCAGUCUUUUAAAAACAGAAGCUGUCCUUUGGCAGUGGGCAGUGUGGGAAGCAGCUCAGUUUACUGUUUUGUCUAAGUUGCGUACUCCUUUGGGAAGAGCUCAAGACACUUUCCAGACAAUUGAAGGUGUUAUUAGAAGCUUAUCAGCCCACACUUCAAAUCCAGAUAAUGAUAUCAGUCAGUGGACAUCAGCUGAUAAUGAUGAUGGGCAUUGCAACAAUCAGCUUCGACUGCUGCUACUUCUACAGUUCUUAGAAAACCUAGAGAAACUGAUGGAAAUGACUUGGAAGUGACCAUUAUGAUGAUUGUGGAAGCUCUUUGUGAGUUGAACUGUCCUGAAGCCAUACAGGGAGUAGCAGUCUGGUCUUGUGCAGUAGCUGGAAAGAGUCUAACUUGGGUGAAUUCAGUUGCACAGCAUGCAGACGGAAGGUUUGAAAAAGCAGCUCUAGAGUACCAGGAGCAGCUAUGUGCAAUGUGUGGUGUGGACUGCUGCAUACCCAGUAUGGAUAAAUCUCUCUUGAAAAUAGCCAACUCGUGCAGUGGUAGCAUUUCUAGUCCAAAGCACUGUGCAAAUGGUGAAAGCAGAAGAACUGUUCUAACCAAACCGUGUGAGACAUCUCCUGAAGUCGUUAAUUACUUGGCAAACAAAGCUUGUGAAUGCUACGUUUCCCUUACUGAUUGGUCUGCUGUCAUUGAGUGGCAAAACAGUGCCCUUGUCCUUAAAAAGAGCAAUAAUGGUGCGGCUAUCAGUCUAAAAGCUGAUUUUAAUUACAUCAGAUCUCUCAGCAGCUUUGAGUCCGGAGAUUUUCCUUCAUGCAAGGAACAACUAGAACUACUGCCUGGAGAAAAUAUAAGCCUGUUCAGUGGAUCAUCUAAAGAAAAACUAGAUACAAAGAAGCUUCUCCCAAGCCUUCUAAGCCCAGAUCCCAAAGAGCUUCAGAAGUCUGUUGAAGUUCAGCUGUUGAGGAGCUCUUUAUGUUUUUCUUCUGCUGUUAACCAUCCUGAGCAAGAACAAAAGCUGCAGUCCCUUACUGAAAAUUUGGUUAGGUACCUGAAACAAGCAUCACGUUUAGCUAUGGGUCCAUUGAGGCUUUCCACGCUGUCUGUAUCCAGGUCUUUACCGGUAAUGAGUACACUUCAACUGUAUUGUUCUACAGCACUGGAAAAUACGGUUUCAUAUAAACUUUCUUCUGAGGACUGCCUUAUACCUCUGUAUAGAGAGGCUUUACGCUCAUGUAAACAGCAUGAUGUUCGUCCUUGGAUGCAAGCUUUAAGGUACACCGCCUACCAAGAACGCCUGGCUCAAAAACUGAAAGGUGAUGUUGUAACGGUCAGCAAUCAUCUGAUGGAACUGGGUCUCACUGCUGUCAAGUUUGCCCGAAAGCGAGGAAAUAUAUCUUUGGCAAGCAGACUGCUAGCACAGUGCAGUGAAAUAAAGCUGGAUAAUGCUACAACUGCUCAGGAUUUGGUGGCUUGCUUCAAACUCAUGUCUGUGCAUGGUCAGGCACAUGGAAAGUGGGAGCCAGAACUAGACAUUGAAAAAGCAAAGCUGCUAUAUUCAGUUGGUCAGUCAAGUCAUGCCAUGGAAAUGUUAAGCUCCUGUGCCGUAGCUUAUUGCAAGUCUGCUAAAGCUGAGACAGCAGUAGCAAAGUCUUUACUUACACUGACCAAAUGGAUUCAAGCUGAAUGGAAAGAAAUGACUGGGCAGCUUAAACAAGUUUACAGGCUACAGCAGCAGAAGACCCUUACUGGACUCUCUACUCUUGUAAAAAAUGUACACAGUUUGUUGGAGCUGGCUGCAAAUAGCCCUGAAGAUGAAGACUGUCCCAAGAUCGAGAGUGAAUCCACAGUUAACAUUGGAGUUGGUGAAUCAGACUUUGUUUUGGGACAGCUAUAUUACUUGUCCUCCAUACAGGCACCUGAUGUGGCUAAGUCGUGGGCUGCAUUAGCAAGCUGGGCAUACAGAUGGGGACGAAAGGUUGUAGAUAAUGCCAGUCAAGGAGAAGGCAUCCCUCUUUUGGCCAGAGAAAAAGCAGAAGUUGAAAUGCUGCUUCCUGAUAACAUUUCAGAGGAGGACAAAGAAACCAUCUAUGGAAUUUUGGGUCAGGCAAUGUGCAGACCUGCAGGAAUUCAGGAUGAAGACAUCGCUUUGCAGAUCACAGAAAAUGAAGAUGAGGAAGAUGAUAUGGUUGAUGUUAUCCGUCGUCAGUUGGUCACUGGCUGUCCAUGGCUUCAUGACCUUGAUGAAGCUGUAGUUGAUGGUUUUAUUAAAGUUUGGAGAAAAGUUGUAGAUCGGAUCUUUAGCUUGUACAAAUUGUCAUGCCAAGCUUAUUUUACCUUUCUUAAGCUUAAUGCUGGUCAGGUCUGUAUUGAUGGGAAUGAUGCCAGAAUUCUCUUGAACAGUGCUUCCAAGCAAAGUAAUGAUGAUGUAAUUGUCAUGGCUACACUGAGGCUUCUCCGAUUGUUGGUAAAGCACGCUGGAGAGUUGAGGCAAGGUCUGGAGCAUGGCUUAGCCACUACACCAACUGCUCCAUGGAGAGGCAUUAUUCCUCAACUCUUUUCCCGCCUGAAUCACCCUGAGGUUUAUGUUCGUCAAAGUAUUUGCAAUUUGUUGUGCCGUGUGGCUCAAGAUUCUCCACAUCUUAUUCUGUAUCCUGCAAUUGUGGGUGCUAUAUCUCUAAGUAGCGAGUCUCAGUCUACAGGAAACAAGUUGUCGUCUGCAAUUCCUACUUUGUUGGGCAAUAUACAGGAGGAGGCAUUACUGGAUGAUGAGUGUGAAGAGGGCAGCCCUCCAACAUCCCAAGACAGCUUCAAAGAUGACCUGAAAGCUGCUUUUAAUGAAGAUCAGGCUAUGAUGCAGGACUGCUACAGCAAGAUAGUUGAUACACUAUCUUCUGCAAGUCCAACAAUGGUGUUGCAGGUUCAGAUGUUGGUAGGAGAGCUUCGACGUAUUACAGUGCUUUGGGAUGAAUUAUGGCUUGGAGUCUUACAGCAGCAGCACAUGCAUGUACUUCGAAGAAUUCAGCAACUGGAGGAUGAAGUAAAGAGAGUACAAAACAACAACACACUCCGCAAAGAGGAGAAGAUAGCAAUCAUGCGUGAAAAACACACUGCUUUGAUGAAGCCUGUAGUAUUUGCUCUGGAACAUGUCUGCAGCAUAACUACAGCUCCAGCAGAAACACCUCAUGAAAAAUGGUUCCAAGACAGCUAUGGUGAGGCAAUAGAAAAUGCCUUGGAGAAACUGAGAAAUCCAUCUAACCCUGCCAAUCCUGGUAAUAGCUGGGUACCAUUUAAGCAGAUUAUGUUGAGUUUACAGCAGAGAGCUCAGAAACGUGCCAGCUACCUUCUGCGCCUUGAAGAAAUUAGUCCCAGGCUGGUUGCCAUGUCAAACACGGAGAUUGCACUUCCUGGAGAAGUCUCUGCUCGAGAUACAAUUACCAUUCAAUGUGUUGGCAACAAUAUCACCAUACUGCCUACAAAGACCAAACCCAAAAAAUUAAUUUUCCUUGGUUCUGAUGGGAAAAACUAUCCUUAUCUUUUCAAAGGUUUAGAAGAUUUACACCUUGAUGAAAGAAUCAUGCAGUUCCUGUCCAUAGUAAAUACAAUGUUCUCCACAAUUAACCAUCAUGAAUACCCCCAUUUUCAUGCUAGACAUUAUUCAGUGACACCGUUAGGAACCCGAUCUGGAUUAAUCCAGUGGGUAGAUGGAGCUACUCCAUUAUUUGGGCUUUACAAACGGUGGCAGCAGAGAGAAGCUUCCAUACAAGCUCAGAAGACACAAGAUUCUUACCAGAAUCCGCAGAAUCCUGCACUGGUUCCUCGUCCCAGUGAACUGUACUACAGUAAAAUUGGUCCAGCAUUGAAAGCUGUGGGACUUACCCUAGAUGUGUCUCGUCGUGAUUGGCCCCUUAAUGUUAUGAGAGCAGUUCUCGAAGACCUGAUGGAAGAAACUCCCCCCAACUUAUUGGCUAAAGAACUUUGGUGUUCUUGUACCACCCCCGAUGAGUGGUGGAGAGUUACACAGUCUUAUGCAAGAUCUACUGCUGUUAUGUCUGUAGUGGGCUACAUUAUUGGCCUUGGAGACCGUCAUUUGGACAAUGUGUUGAUUGACAUGACUUCAGGAGAAGUUGUUCACAUUGAUUAUAAUGUAUGCUUUGAAAAAGGGAAAAGCCUCAGAGUGCCUGAGAAGGUUCCAUUUCGCAUGACACACAACAUUGCUACUGCAUUUGGAGUGACUGGGGUGGAAGGAUUGUUCCGGCUUUCCUGUGAGCAGGUUGUGCAAAUCAUGCGUCGAGGCAGGGAGACCCUGUUGACUUUGCUGGAAGCGUUUGUGUAUGAUCCUCUUGUUGACUGGACAGCAGGUGGGGAAGCAGGGUUUGCUGGUGCAGUAUAUGGUGGAUGUGGACAGCAGGCAGAGAGCAAGCAGAGCAAGAGAGAGAUGGAGAGGGACAUUACUCGCAGCCUUUUCUCAUCAAGAGUUGCUGAAAUUAAGGUGAACUGGUUUAAGAAUCGAGAUGAAAUGUUGGCUGUCCUACCAAAGUUAGAUACCAGUUUGGAGGAGUACCUUAAUUUACAGGAACAGCUAACUGAAGUGGAAAAACUGCAGGGCAAAUUGUUGGAAGAAAUUGAGUUUCUGGAAGGGGCUGAGAGGUGUGAUCAUCCUGCCCAUACACUACAGCACAGGUAUACUGAGCAUACCCAGCUGCAGUCUCAGCAAAGGGCUGUCCAAGAAGCGAUCCAAGUGAAGCUGAAUGAAUUUGAACAGUGGAUAAAUCAGUAUCAGACUGCAUUUACUAGCUUAGAGGCAACACAGCUCACCAGUUUGCUUCAAGAAAUCAGUACACCACUAGACCUAGGGCCUCCCAGUUAUGUUCCAGCUACAACCUUUCUUCAGAAUGCAGGCCAGGCACAUGUGAUCAGUCAGUGUGAGCAACUGGAAGGAGAAGUGGGUGCAUUGAUUCAACAGAGACGCUCUAUAGCAAGGGGGUGUCUUGAACAGCUACACAAUUAUGCAACUGUAGCUUUACAUUACCCAAAGACUGUAUUCCAGAAGCAUCGGAUUGAGCAGUGGAAGGAUUGGAUGGAAGAACUGAUUUGUGACAUGACUGCUGACCACUGCCAGGACAUCUAUAGAAAGUAUGAAAUUCAGUAUGCACCACAGCCAUCACCUGCUGUUUGCCAGUUUAUUACAAGUACUGAAGUAACUCUUCAGCAUUAUGCAGCAGACAUUAACAGUCGCCUGAUUAGGCAAGUUGAACGUCUGAAACAAGAGGCUAUGAAACAAGAGCCAGCAACUUUGUCAGCAUGUGACGAACAUUUUCAAGAAAUUGAGCGUUGCAUUAAGGUUUUCCUUCAUGAAAAUGGUGAAGAAGGCUCUCUGAGUCUUGCAAGUGUAAUUAUUUCUGCACUUUGUACCCUUACAAGACGUAACUUGAUGAUGGAAGGGGCUGCAUCCAGUGCUGGUGAGCAGCUGGUAGAUCUUACCUCCAGAGAUGGAGCAUGGUUCUUAGAAGAGUUGUGCAGCAUGAGUGGAAAUGUUACUUGUCUAGUCCAGUUACUGCAGCAAUGUCAGCUUCUUCCCCAAGAUCUGGAUAUUCCUAAUCCACUGGAGGCAUCUGAGGCUGUUUACUUGGCAAAUGGUGUCUAUACUUCACUACAGGAAUUAAACACAAACUUCAGGCAGAUCAUUUUUCCCGAAGCUCUUCGAUGUUUGAUGAAAGGAGAGUAUACACUGGAGAGUAUGCUUCAUGAAAUGGAUAACAUUACUGAGCAAACCACUGAUGGAGUGGCCAUUGAAACUUUGGUGGAUUCUCUGCAGGAUUAUUUAAGAAAUGCAGUAAUGGGUCUGGAAGAAGAAACAAAUGCUCAGUAUGUUGAUGUUGCCAGAGUGCUUCAUGCUCAGUACACUGAACUAAUUCAGCCCAGGACAGUAGAAAGCUCUGUAGAGGAAACUCCAAAAAUGUCAGCUGGACAGAUGUUACUGGUGGCAUUUGAUGGAAUGUUUGUCCAAGUAGAAACUUCUUUUGGGCUCUUGAUUGAAAAGUUAAACAAAAUGGAAGUACCCCUAGCCUGGAGGAAAAUCGAUAUAAUUAAGGAAGCUCGCAGUACCCAGGUUAAUUUUUUUGAUGACGAUCACCACCGGCAAGUGCUUGAGGAGAUAUUUUUUUUGAAGAGAUUGCAAACCAUCAAGGAAUUCUUCCGACUCUGUGGUACCUUUGCACAGACUUUGUCAGGCACCAUCCCAAAUGAAGAUUCUGGUAUAGUAAAUGGACCAGUGCAGAUGGUGAACGUGAAAUCACUCUAUAGGAAUUCAUGCUUCAGUGAAGAUCAGAUGGCCAAACCAAUAAAAGCAUUCACAGCUGAUUUUGUUAGACAACUUUUAAUUGGCCUCCCAACACAAGCACUUGGUUUGACUCUCUGCAGUUUCAUCAGUGCCCUAGGUGUAGAUAUCAUUGCUCAAGUAGAAGCAAAAGACUUUGGUGCAGAAAGCAAAGUUUCUGUUGAUGACUUGUGUAAAAAGGCAGUGGAGCAUAAUAUUCAGACUGGAAGAUUUUCACAACUAGUCAUGAACAGAGCUACCGUCCUGGCCAGUUCAUAUGAUAAUGCUUGGAAGAAACAGGACUUGUUACGUAGACUGGAAACCAACAAAGCUUCCUGUAAAUCCAGCCUCCAACGAGUGCAGUUACAGAUUGCCAUGUUUCAGUGGCAGCAUGAGGAUCUGCUUAUGAACAGAACCCAGGCUAUGUCCGUCACUCCUCCUCCUCGCUCUGCUAUCCUAGCAAGUAUGAAGAAAAAACUCCAUGCCCUCAGCCAGAUUGAAGCAACAAUUGCAACUAUCCAGGAAAAGCUGACUGUGUUGGAGGCAAGCAUCGAACAGCGUUUGAAAUGGGCAGGUGGUGCAAACCCUGCACUCGCACCAGUGUUGCAAGACUUUGAAGCUACAAUCACUGAAAGGCGGAACCUUAUCCUCAGUGAAAGUCAAAGAACAAAUCAGGUUACAUUUCUCUGCAGCACAGUUAUUCACUUUGAAAGUAUGCGUACCAGGACUAAUGAAGCUUUGAAUCUGGAUUCUGGAUUGUUUGAGCUCCUUAAGCGCUGUCAGCAGAUGUGCUCCUUUGCAUCACAGUUCAGCAGCUCAGUCUUGGAUCUUGAGCUUCGUCUGCUGCAGAGACUGUCUGCAAACCUUGAACAUCCUAUUGGGAGUACUGAAUGGCUUGCUUAUGCACAUAAGCAACUGACCCAAGAGAUGUCAACUCAGAGGACAGUACAGGCCGAGAAGGAGCAGCAGAUUGAAACAGUUUCUGAAACCAUACAGACAUUGGUAGACAACAUUAAGUCUGUACUUACAAGUCACAACAGGCAACUGAGUGAUGUCAAGCAUCUGCUUAAAGCCAUGGCAAAGGAUGAAGAAGCAGCAUUGGCAGAUAAUGAAGAUAUUCCGUAUGAAGGCAGUGUCCGUCACUUUUUGGUAGAAUACAAAUCAUGGCAAGAUAACAUCCAGACUGUAUUAUUAACAGUAGUUCAGGCCAUGGGACAGGUCCGCAGUCAGGAGCAUGUGGAGAUGCUGCAGGAAAUCACCCCUGUCCUGAAGGAACUGAAAACACAGAGUGAAAGCAUCUACAAUGUUCUGGUGAGCUUUGCCUCUCCACUUGUCACAGAAGCUUCAAAUGAGUGUGCAAGCCCUACUUCGUCUUCUGUUUAUCAGCAGAGCUUUGCUGCAGCUGUACGAAACAGCACUACUCAGAAGACUCAGCCUGAGGUGAUGUCACAGAAUACUCGAAAGACUGUUCAAAGGAACCUUGCUACAUCAGCAGAAACCCCCCCAAGUGCUGCAACUGGAGCUGGCAAAAGUGUGGCACCUAGUCCUAAGAAAGCAACAAGAGAUCCUAAAACGGGAAAGGCUGUGCAAGAAAGGAACUCUUACGCUGUUAGUGUGUGGAAGAGAGUCAAGGCCAAGCUGGAAGGCAGGGAUGUGGAUCCCAACAGACGAAUGAGUGUUGCUGAACAGGUUGAUUUUGUGAUUAAGGAAGCAACUAAUCUAGAUAAUCUGGCUCAAAUGUAUGAAGGUUGGACAGCCUGGGUAUGAAGGAGCAGAGAGACGGGUCUCUCGGGUUCAAUGAGGUCAGGCAUCCACCAGAAUCAACUCGGCCUCAGGCAUCCAUAGCCACACCACAGCAGGUGGUGAUGCAUUCUGGGGCUUAAUCUGAGGUAAUAUAGGAAUACCUGGUGCGCUGAGAAGUGAAUCCCGUCAGAAGCUGCACUCAGGGAAAUGCUUAACACAAUGGUCAGCACCCCCAGGGUCAAGGGUUCAAGCGCCCUGGCAGAAUUACAUGAAUGUCAAUCUUCGAAACAAGAACUACAGAAGUAGCUCAAGGGCGUCGGUGCAGAGUGGAAUGGGUAUCCUUAGAACCACAAAGUGACAGAGACCUGUAUUCCAUCUGACCUUGUGAACACUUAAGGGAACAGAUCUUAACCCCACUGAAAGUAGACAGGGGCCAUGAAGAAAUUAAUGAAAACAUAAGGAUUUUGAUGCAUUCAGAUUCUAGUAGUUUGGCAACAUAACUGGUUGAGUUGCAUCUAAAGAAAAAAAUGAAUAAAGGAAAUUUACUUGGAGAUGUUUAUGGACUCCAAACAAUACCUGCAUUUAAAUUUAAACACUGCAGUGGACUUCUGUAAGGAAGAAGAUGCGUAUUUGAUUCCCCCAUUUUUUCUUUUAUCUUUUGUUUUUUUUUUUUUGUUUGUUUGUUUUUGAUUGUGUGCUAAUAGUACCGUAGUACAUCAGAUGCUGGUAUUUCUUUGUUUAUUGUGAAUGACAUAAUAAUCCUUAUUUCUGUUUACAGAUACAAAGCAUACCUCUCCAGAUGUACUUAAGGCGAAAGCUCAAAAUUUGCUUCAUGUCAUAGUUCAGCUGUUAAGAUGAAGAACAGUACACUUUUUUAAGUUGGCAAGGGAAGAUAUAAUGAAUGGUUUCAUUGCAUCAUCUUGUCAUCUGCUACUUUCUUUCUUUUUUUUCCAGAAAAGAAUAAACAUCAAUCAAAAAAGAUAAUACAUAAAAUUCUCAAGGAUUAAGCCCUCCCAUACAGAUUUUAUAUUUUCCUUCCCUUUGUGUACUGCAUGGUGCUAUUUUAAAUUAAUAUACUUAACUAAUAGUUACUAAUUUUUUGGGAUUACUGUUUUCUUUUUGUUCUUCCUGUGAAGGAGUAUUUUCCUCUGUACUGUUGCAUUGUGCUCUCUCAUAUGUGCUUUAAUUGCUUGCUAGUAGGCUGUGUCUUGGAAUAAGUACACCGCAAAUGUACUCCUAUAAUGUUUACUUAGUGAAGGGAUAACUACCGUCCUUAUCAAAAGAACCCUUAGCCAUUGACAGAGCAUGCUGUGACACUCAAGUGAUAAGAAGGCUUAUACUUUUGUGGCUGCAUUCCGAGUUCAGGGAUAUCUGCUACCAAGUAUCAUUUCUAAUCUCAUUUUAAAAAUCAUGGUAAGUUUUGAUAGGCUGUUUUUGACAUCAUGUACACACAUAUGCCUCUGUGUACUUGGUAAAUUCACCAGAAUUAGUCAUUCAAGCACUUCUUUUGAUAUCUUGUUAACUUUGGCAAAAGAAAUGGCAAUUUUCAGUUGAUUUACAGCUACAGAUGAUGCAGCCUUGUUCAGCCCUUUGCACAACUGUGACUUUGCUUAAGCAUUAAUGGUUAAAUGGGAGAGAAGUAAAUUGUUCAUGACUGGCUUUCCAAUUAAAUGGUAAAUACUUCAAAGGAGUACAUGUCUUAUCCUGUACCACAUCAAGAUGCAGACUUAUGCAGGGAGUGCAAACUCAUUAGGGAGUCUGUGAGUAAGCAGUACUAUAACAGCAUCUUUUAGAAAGAAAAAAGUCCAUAUUUUGUUUUUACCACUGUAGAACAUCAAACAAAACUUGCACAUUUCAUCAGAAGGUAAUAAAAGUUUUUCCCCUCUGUUA